AUGCCGCUUGCCGAGGAGAACACCGUGCAGAACAGUCCUAGGGAAAAACCGUGCAAGCGCAAGAGGGAGAAAUAUUCUUCCAAAAAGAUUUCGAGUUCUACCCCUACCAACAUCAUUCUCAGGCGAUGUUUGACUUCCAUCGUCAGGAGAAUCAUAGACGCAACAAGUGGAAGGGCCUUGAUGAACAAAACUCCUAGAGAGACGUGGGACAUACUGAACAAUAUGACAAUGAACUCACAACAGUUUGGACCAAGAGAAGCAGUAGCAGUUAAAGAAGCAAGCAAUGGAAGGCACAAGUUAAGGCUUGUGGGAUCUGUGCAACCGAACUUAAAGUAUGGGAAUCAACAAGCUAACUUUGGAGAUCAUUCGAGAGGAUUCCCAGCACCUAACCACCCUCCACAACCCCCUCAAACGGUUCCGAGUAAUUCCUUAGAGGAUAUGAUGAAAACUAUGGCGUCUAACAUGUUACAAUUUCAACAAGAAACUCGGAAUAGCAUAAGGAACUUGGAAGAACAAGUAAGUCAAAUAGCGAAUGAGAUGUGCGAGAUAAAGUCAAGAGAAAAAGGCAGAUUGCCUUCACAACCCGACGCCAAUCUGAGGAAUGUGAGCUCGAUUGUUAUGAAAAAUGGCAAAGAUUUAAAAAUAUCAAAAGCUGAAGUUCUAAAAGACAAGAAUGACAAUGCCAUUGAGAAAGAAAUAGAGAAAGCCGCCAAUGAAGUAUCGAUCAAGGUAACUUCUGAAACACCUACUAAUACUAAAACUAAUGUUGCACCAUUUCCUUACAGGUUGGCGAAACCAAAGAAGGAUGACAAAAAUAAGGAGAUGAUGAAGAUGUUUCGAAAGGUGGAAUUGAACAUACCCUUACUAGAUGCGAUCAAGCAAGUGCCGAAGUAUGCAAAAUUUCUGAAGGAUCUUUGUGCGAACAAGAAGAGACUACGUGGAGACUAA